GUCAGACAGCUCGUUUAAUUUCAUGGCCUUUUUCUUCAUCUUCGGCGCCCAGUUUAUUCUCACGAUCCUGCAGGCGAUUGGUUUCUCCGGAUGGGGAGCGUGCGGGUGGUUGGCAGCCAUUACUUUCUUCAGCACCAACGUGGCAGCUGCUGUGUUCAUGCUGUUCCCUGCCAUUAUGUUUACAAUGUCAGCGGUCGCAAUGCUCAUCUGCAUUUUAAGGGUACAUAAAAUCUACCGAGGGGCUGGUGGAAGCUUUCAGAAAGCCCAGGACGAGUGGCACAGCGGCGCGUGGAGGAACCCCCCCAGCAGGGAGGCCCAGUACAGCAAUUUUUCUGGGAACAGCCUGCCAGAGUAUCCCACAGUUCCCAACUAUCCCCCGGGAAACCAAUGGCCUUAA